AGUCUGGAAGAGGAGACCAGCUGCAUCAAGGACCUGUGGCAGCUGCCCAUCAUCCCAUGGAAUGGGAAGACUCCAACAGCAGCAACGGCAGCAGCGGCAAAGGCAACAGCAGGAGGAGAUGCAACUGCACCAACUGAUGGGGUCCUGGAAGCAGUCAAGAAAGUGCAGCAGCAGCAGACACAUGGUGAGGUGCUUGCUGGUGUGGAUGCAAGUGCGGCAUGGGCUAAGGCUUCACCAAGGAGUGGAGAGGCCGAUUGGGAGACAUGGCAUGAGAGGCUGUGUCAUGUGAACUUCCCUAUGCUGCAGAAGUUGGUGAAGGAUGGGAGCCUGAAGGGCUUGGAGGUGAAAGGGGGAGUGAAGGAGAUUGGGAGCUGCCCUACAUGCUUGGAGACCAAGUUCUCCAAGCACAAGUAUGGACCUGAAGGGGAGCUGACCCGCUACAAGUCUAGGCUUGUGGCACGGGGGUUUCAGCAGACAAAGGGGAAGGACUAUGAUGAGGUGUUUGCUCCUGUGGGGAAAGGAACAACACUGAGGGUGCUGUUGGCGAUAGCUGCACUCCUGGGAUGGAAGAUACGGCAGAUGGACAUUGUGACUGCCUUUCUGAAUGGGAUCAUUCUGGAGGAGGUGUACAUGAAACAGCCAGAGGGGCUGGAUGACGGGAGCGGCAGGGUCUGCAGGCUGAAGAAGGCCAUCUAUGGCCUUAAGCAGGCGCCUCGUGCAUGGUAUCACAAGUUGGAGGAGGCGCUGUUGGCUGGGGGUUUCAAGAAGAAUGUGGUAUGGUCGAUGAUGGUUGGCAGCCAGAGGGGGAGAUUGUUGUGUGAUGUCAUCAUAUGCUAUCACAUUCUGUCUGCCUCUCAUCUCUUGUUUCAAUUCGUAUUUGUGAUGAUAGAUCUUGAGAAGAUCUUUCCGACGCAACAAGAAUCGCUUCAAUCGGAGCAAGAAUGCGAAAGCUAUGAAGAUUCAAAGUUGGCAAGGGUGGCCAACUUGGAUGGAUUGGUUGGGAAGGGACAAAUGUCAAAGUUUGGGUUCCUAUAGGGAGGGAAUCUUUGUGCUUAUGGGGUUUCCUUGGUUGGGGACUCUCUUGGGACCUCCCCUCUCAUCCCUCUCUUCCUAUCCCAACCUUUCUCUUGC